CUGUUCUAUCAUUGUCGAGACUAUUCGCCGCCCAAAAUGUCGACCUCAUACUCGUAUCCCGCUGUACAGUCAAAGCUCAAUAUUCACGAUCAGGAUUUCAAGAAUAAUCGAGAAAAAUGGACGCCGGUUCUGGAAAGAUUCGAGACUGCGCUGCAGGAUGUUUGUAACGAGGGCACUGCCGCCUCGCUUGCGCGUCACCAGAGCCGAGGUCAAUUGCUACCGCGAGAUCGGAUCGCAUUACUUCUGGACCAAGAUUCUCCUUUUCUCGAACUUUGUUCCUUUGCAGGAUUUGGAAAUCCUGAUUCCACUGCAUGCGCGAACUUGAUUGCCGGUGUUGGGACAGUAAGCGGAAAAAUAUGCUUAAUCAUGUCCCACAUUCCCACUCAAAGUGGUGGUGCUUGGAAUGAGAUGACAGUGCUCAAGGUGAACCGGAUGCUAGAAAUAGCGUUCGAGAAUGACUUACCCUUGAUAUCUCUGGUUCAAUCUGCUGGCGUUUUCCUUCCACAGCAGUUCCGCGUUUUCCACAAAGGUGGCCAACUCUUCCACGAUCUCGCCAUCCGUAGUCUUCACGGCAAGCCGUCGUGUGCUGUGGUAUUUGGAUCCUCCACUGCAGGAGGAGCCUACCAUCCUGCCUUGUCGGACUAUACCAUCUUUGUCGCGAACCAAGCCCAGGCUUUCCUUGGCGGACCUCCUCUGGUUAAAAUGGCGACCGGAGAAGUGAUUGGGGCCGAGGAGCUGGGCGGCGCCGAGAUCCAUGCUACGCGAACCGGCCUCGCGGACCAGAUUGCCUCGGACGAAUUUGAUGCGAUUCACAAAACACGCGACUGGGUUGCCUCCUUGAAAUCCAAGUCGAGGCGCCUGCUGUCCGAGGCAAUGGAACCUCUACCUCCGAGAUAUCCUAUCGAAGACGUGCUUUCCCUUGUUAACCCAGAUAUCCGCAAGGCGUUUGACAUGAAGGAGGUGGUGCUACGCCUGGUCGACGAUUCGAGGCUCUCUAUUUUUAAGCCCAAAUACGGACCAAACAUGCUCACUGCCUGGGCUCACAUAAUGGGUUUCCCGGUCGGCAUUGUGGCCAAUCAGAUAUCAGUCAUCAACCCCAACGAGGCGGCCAAGGCAGCUCAAUUUAUCCGACUUUGCAAUCAAGAGGGCACCCCCAUCAUCUUUCUCCAUAAUGUGACUGGAUUUAUGGUCGGUGCAAAGGCCGAGCAUGCGGGCAUCAUCAAAGUUGGAGCACAGCUUGUCUCUGCUGUGUCGUGUUCGCAAGUCCCUCACAUCUCCAUUAUUCUAGGUGCUUCGUACGGCGCUGGAAACUACGCCAUGUGUGGUAGAUCAUACAAGCCUCACUUCAUCUUCACAUGGCCGACAGGGAAAUGCAGCGUUAUGGGACCAGACCAACUUGCCGGCGUGAUGGAGCAGAUCCAAUCCGCAAAGGCCCGACCCAAGGGAGAAGAAGUGUCUGCGGAAACCAUACGGGGACAAACCGAUACCUUUAAGAAACAAGUGCAGAGGGAUGCCGAAAGCUACUCCACCAGCGGCAUGCUGAUAGAUGAUGGUAUUAUUGACCCAAGAGACACGCGCGAUGUGCUGGGAAUGUGCCUCGAGGUAGUUGGUGGAGCAAGGCCUUCGAAGAUGGAGAGUAGUAGGUUUUUGGCCCGAAUGUGA